AUAUAGUGAUGUAGAGAAAAAAUUUUAGAGGUUAUAUAAUGUUUUUAUCUUCUUUUUUUUUUAUCAUUUUUGCCGGACUAGUGGUUUUAUUGAUUGUUUGGAGGUUGUUUACAUUACAUAGUGAUCAACAAUUCAUAGAAAGAAAGAGCUAAACGAUUAUUAAUUUGGUAUGACAUUGAUGUCUUAUACAUAAAAAUACUGGGGUUGAACAAAGGAGGGGGAUUCGUGCAGAUGAAGAUGGUAAAUAUUCACUUGAGGGAAGAGACUGCUGUUGAAAAUUUAAUCAUUGAGUCUAUGUUUGUCAAAGAAUCUGUUGAGGUAUCUCCUAUUGAAAUGACUCUCAUCAAUUCAAAACAUGCCCAACAAUCUGUGAUUCAAGAUGUUUAUACUGAAGAGAGGACAUUGGUUGCUGUGAAUAACUGCGUUGAAUCGACGUCUUUGAACCAUGGAUUUAAACAUCAUGCAAGCAUGGCAUCUCUUCAUGAGAUUAGUAAUAGUUUGAUUGAAAACUUACCUCCUUAGCAGGUGUUGCCUGAAAGGCACACCAUUCUUCACUUAAUUCUUUUGAUUUGUUUAUUUUCCAAUGGACAAGCUACUAAAGUUAAGACUGGAUUAUUUUAAAAAAACUUUGUAGGCAAAUUCUAUCAGUUCAAAGCAUAUGCAUUGUCUUUUGUUUGGAAAGUUUGUUGUUCCUUUAACGAGCCUGUUGAGAGAGCUUUUAUUAGUUUGGGGUCUAUGAGGUGUCCUUGAUUUGGAAAUGCUGGCAUCUCUUCUUUUGAAACAGUCAGAGCAGCUCUUAUUAAUUCAAGACAUGAGGAAUCUUUGGUUGAAGAUACUGGAAUUAAAGAGAGCACAAAACUUGCCAUGAAUGAGUAUAAUGAAUAUGCUACUUUGGCGCAUGAAGAACCUGUGUCGCUUGAAGGAUUAUUUCUUAUUUGUUAAACUUUUAUUAUGCUUAUCUUUCAAUGGAAAGAUUGUGCUAUCUAAGUUGACUGAGUAUCUUUAUUGUAGUUUUGCCUUUUAUUUAUUAUGUUUUUAGGAAACUAUGGAGGGAACUUCUAUUUGUUCAAGAUGUGAUUUUGGGAUGGGAGAAUACAAAAUUGAGCUUCUUUUGGCCAUAAAUCCCAUAAUCACAUACUUUGUUCUUUGGGUCUCUAUGUACUCAAUGCUGCAAUGUUUCCUUUUCAUAUACCUAUUGAAGUUGGGAUGAGAAACAACUACACUUGCAUUUCGCAAUUGUCUUUAUUUCUUGGUUUUAGUUUGGAAUGCCAAAAAACCCAGAACUAAAAGUCUUUUCGUUCUUUGACAUGAGAUUACUCCAAUUUUGGUGGGGAUUCUUGGAGGUUGCCAUCACUGCAGUUGUUUUCAUGUUGAUAAGCAGCAUUUGCAGUUUGUUCUUACACGGUUGGAAAGGCAGUAUGAAUAUGAUUAUAUUGUUUAAAUAAAACAACUCCUCAAAAUUUCAUGUUUUUCUGUUGUAUUGAGUCAAUCAGUGUGUUAGUGGAGGUUGUAUGAUUGAUUUUCUAUGGAUUUGUUUUCUGUUAGAAGGAUUAAUAGAGCCUAUCAGUGAAAAGGAAAGACAAACUCAAGCCCUCAAUUUGGGAUUUAUCAGCUGCAAAACACUGUUAUGAGCAGUAAGGACAAGUUCCUGCUGCCACAGUAGUGUAAAUUAUAAAACAGUAGCAUGUGCUGCUCAAUGUCAUGAAAUAGGAAGGGCAUUGCUUCCCAUGGACCUGGGAGAUAUGACUUGGUAUGUUUCAUUAAGAUAGUGCAUAAAAUGGGGUUAUAUAUUUACCUUAGGAGGACUGAACCUUAUGUUUGUGCAAAAUGAAAUUUUGGGCUCCAUUCUUACUCAUUUCUUUCUAUUUUUUCUUUAUUAAAAGACUUUCUCUUUCUUAGUAGGCUGAAUAGAAAGUACCCUUCACU